AGAGACAUGCAUGCAGAUCGCCGGGCCUAGUCUGUCUGCGUGGAGAUAUUCACACGACAUUAAAAACAUUCACGACUGCGUAAGUUGUCAUCGCAUUACACUAUGUCUAUUUCCGGGUGAAAUCACGGCUCAGAAGUUCGUGUGUCUGCGAACUGUUGACAAAAUAGCGGUUGCGUGUGGAAAGGGAGGGAGUGCAAAGCAAACAGGGAGAAAAAAAUCCCCGAACGAUCGCUUGUUUCACUCAGUCAGUCAGCCUGCGGAAAGAAGCAGGAAGAGGACUAGAGCUGUUCACCUGUCGAGUGGAAGACUGCACUGGACAUUUGAAGGAGAAGAAGACCCUGCUUUUGUCUUCGUACUGUGAUUGAAACCUGCCCGGUGGUGUUUUUGGGAAGUUCAACCCACAGUUAACUUCGAACGUUCAGUUUCCGCGAAUCCCACAGAACUGGCGUCGGACAUUCCAUUCCAGUGGGAUAAUCUAUUCUAAAGAUGCAGCAUCCUCUUCAUCCCAUCAUGGAGCCGGCUGAGAAAUAAGAGACCGCGGAGACAGCAGGUUCCCAUGGUUUGGCUCCAGCGCGCUCUCUGCCAUGCCUCCCGCCAAGACAGAUCAGCUGGACUUGUGGGCGGAGUCAGGGCUGGAUGGAGACGUCCAGGUGAUGGUGGACUUCCUGUUGCCCACUGGAAUCUACAUCCAGAUGGAGGUUCCUCGGGAGAGCACCAUCCAACACAUCAAACUGCUGUUAUGGAAGGAGGCGCAGACAUACCCUCUCUUCUCAUUGCUGGGGGAGAUGGAGGGUCACAUGUUCGAGUGUGUGAACCAGGCAGCAGUUCACGAGGAGCUGGAGGACGAGACCAGGCGACUAUGCGACGUGCGACCGUUCCUGCCUGUCCUCAAACUGAUCACACGCAACUGUGGACGUGCAGAACGCCUACUAGACUCUAAGAUCGGAGUCCUCAUUGGCAAAGGUCUUCACGAGUUGGACGCCCUGCAAGACCAGGAAGUGAAGGACUUUCGUUCCAAAAUGAAGCGAAUCAGCGAAGAGAAAAUGCACCAAAUGCAGAUGAUGUCGUGGGGGGAGUGGCUUCGGAGCUGUUACUCCCCUCAGCUGGAGACAGGGUUAUUGGAGAAUUUGAUUGACAAGCAUGAGGGCGUAAUCAAAAUUACCAUGCACUACGACCAGUCACAGGACACAGCUAGCCUGAAAGUGUCAUUGCAUUGUUCAGUAUCUGAACUACUGGACCAGGCUCUCAAGAAAUGGCAGACCACUCAUGGCCCAGAGGAAGACAUUGGUUCCCGGAGUGAUUAUGUGCUGCGUGUCAGCGGCAAACUGGAGUUCCUGUUUGAAGAUCACCCUCUUAAUCAGUACAAAUACAUUAGGGCUUGUUUGUUGGCAAAUGAGAACCCUCAUCUGACAAUGGUUCACUGUGGCGUUGUGAAGGCCAUGUUUGAGAAGGAGAUCAGCACCAUUGGAUCAGUGCUUGCUCGGAAGUGUUCGAACCCUCCUCUACCACUGCCCCCGAAGAAGAGACAGCCGACGCAGUCACAUACGUGUGUUUGGAAGGUCCAUUCUUUGUUCAGAAUUAAUCUUGUGAAAGGUAACAAGGUGAACGCUGACGAUGCUGCUAAGAUCCAGGUUCGAGCGGGGCUGUUUCACGGCACAGAGAUGUUGUGCAAGACCGCGGUCAGCAGCGAGAGCAGCAGUCGAUCUGAGCACGUGUGGAACAAAACGCUGGAGUUCGACAUCGCUGUUUGCGACCUGCCGCGCAUGGCCCGCCUCUGUUUCGCCAUCUACGCUGUUAUGGACAAAGUGAAGAAACAGAGAUCCACCAAGAACCCCCAGAGCAAAUACCAGACUAUCCGCAAGGCAGGGAAAGUGCACUACCCAAUAGCAUGGGUGAACACGAUGGUGUUUGACUACAGAGGGCAGCUGAAGACUGGGGACAUUAUCCUUCACUGCUGGUCCUCUUUCCCUGAUGAGCUGGAAGAGAUGUUGAACCCUAUUGGGACGAUUCAGACCAAUCCAUACACGGAGAACGCCACAGAACUGCAUAUAAGCUUUCCUGAAUACUCAACAAAAUCAGUUGUGUUUCCCGCUUUUGACAAGAUCCUGGAAAAAGCUGCAGAAAUAGCAGGAUCCAGUGAGACCAUGACAAUGGGUCGUGGGGGUAAGAAGUUUUACAUCGAGCUGAAGGAGAUCAUGGAGAGGGAUCCUCUCUCUCAGCUGUGUGAGAAUGAGAAAGAUCUGAUCUGGACGCUUCGCUACGACUGCAGAGAAAACUUCCCUCAGUCUCUCCCCAAACUGCUGCUGUCGGUCAAAUGGAGCAAGCAUGAAGACAUGGCUCAGCUACAGGCUUUGCUGCAGAUUUGGCCGAAGCUAAGCCCUCGAGAUGCUCUCGAGCUCCUGGACUUCAACUACCCCGACCAGUAUGUCAGAGAAUUUGCAGUCACGUGCCUUCGAGAUAUGAGGGAUGACGAGCUGUUGCAGUAUUUGCUUCAGCUCGUGCAGGUGUUGCGCUAUGAGCCGUACUACGACUGCGCCCUCAGCCGGUUCCUCCUGGAGCGCGCUCAGACCAGCCGGAAAAUAGGCCAUUUCCUAUUCUGGCAUCUCAGGUCUGAAAUGUACAUGCCACCGGUAUCGGUUCAUUUCGCUCUGAUUUUGGAAGCGUACUGCCGAGGCUGCAUCCCACACAUAGAGGUCCUCAAAAAACAGGUUGAAGCUCUCAGUAAGCUGAAAGCAGUAAACGAGCUGAUUAAACUGGCCACCAUAAAAACCAAGACGAAACAAGCUCAUCUUAAAGAGGCCAUGAUGACGUGCCUUCGACAGACGGGAUUCAUCGAGACUCUGUCCGACCUGCAUUCCCCUCUCGACCCCAACCUGUUGCUUGCUGGAGUCAAUGUCGAGAGGUGCAAGUACAUGGACUCUAAGAUGAAACCUCUGUGGAUAGUUUACAAUAACAAGCUGUUGGGAGGAGACACAGUGGACAUCAUCUUCAAAAAUGGAGACGACCUGAGGCAGGACAUGUUGACUCUGCAGAUUUUGAGGUUGAUGGAUCUGCUAUGGAAGGAGGCAAACCUGGACCUCAGGAUUGUGCCUUAUGGUUGUCUGGCGACAGGAGAUCGCUCUGGUCUGAUUGAGGUCGUGUCUUUAGCUGAUACCAUCGCGAACAUCCAGAAAACAAGCAGUAACAUGGCCGCUGCUGCCGCCUUCAAUAAAGAUGCGCUACUGAACUGGCUCAAAGACAAGAACUCUGGAGAUGCUUUGGAGAAAGCCAUUGAGGAGUUCACUCUAUCGUGUGCUGGUUAUUGUGUUGCCACCUACGUCUUGGGAAUCGGUGAUCGGCACAGCGACAACAUCAUGGUUCGCAGUACAGGGCAGCUCUUCCACAUAGACUUUGGCCACAUCCUAGGAAACUUUAAGUCCAAGUUUGGGAUCAAGCGUGAGCGUGUUCCUUUCAUCCUCACACACGACUUCAUCCAUGUGAUUCAACAGGGAAAAACGGGCAACACUGAGAAAUUUGGAAAUUUUAGGCAAUACUGUGAGGACGCGUAUCUGAUUCUAAGGAAGAAUGGAAAUCUGUUCAUCACACUCUUUGCUCUGAUGCUCACAGCAGGACUGCCAGAGCUUACGUCUGUCAAAGAUAUCCAGUAUUUAAAGGACUCUCUGGCAUUAGGUAAAACUGACGAGGAGGCCCUCAAACAGUUCCGGCAGAAGUUUGAUGAAGCUCUGCGAGAGAGUUGGACCACCAAAGUCAACUGGAUGGCCCACAUUGUGGCUCACCCUUCAUAAACACUAACAUCUGGCCACACAAACAUCUCUCCAAACUGAAGUCAGGGUUCAGCAAAGUGCAGCAAAAUUAGCUGAUUUAUGACCUUAGAAAACCGAUGGCCAAAUCUCAUGGAUCUAAAUGAUCUUCAGAGGUCUCGAGUCUGCAGGAAUAAAGGAAAAGCUCGGCUUCUACCCCUGUUUGUUGUGUUGAAAAUCGACUGCCUCUGACCAUAGUAGAGCCGUGCAAAACCCUGACUUGACAUUGGAUCCAAUUGCCUUAUAGAAGGUGACAAAAGAACGAACUUCUGCAUUUUCUUCCUACACUGAAAAAUCAAAAAACAAUGAAUAACUCCAGUCUGUCCUUCUGGAGGGAAAGCGGAGUUCCUAAACCUUCAAACAUCAAGGCAGGUUUUGGCCAUCCAGAAAUACGUUUUCUUGUUGUUGUUUUUGUACAACCGUGUUAACGUAUCGGGACUUUUGAAAACGGACCAAUCAGAGCACAAGCUCAGAGGAAGUGCAUCUUAUCAGACCAAAAGGUAAACAUGUGCCUCACUGCACAAGAGACGUUUUGUUUGUAAUUGCUUUUGACUUUUUUUUUAAACUGUAUGUGCCAGACUACUUUAUUAUGAGAAAUGGUCUUAAAAACACUGGAAUCAUGUGAUGGGUAUAAAUAUUUUAUGAGUUUUAAACGUUGUAAAGGUAAAGCACUGUUGCCACAGUACUACUUUAUGGACAGUCUGGCAGGGAUUGCUGUAAAAUUGAAGAGGCUUCACACACAGAUGUUUGAUUGGGGAUCACUUUGAACAAACACCCCAACAUCCCUCCUCUCGUCUAGGUUGAGCAGAUCUCAUGUUUGUUAAAUGGUGCUAGCCAUCAAAUAUAUUCCUUGUCUAAAUGUUAAAUGUAAGCGCAGCAUUGUAGCCAAACUUGUUGUUUAAUGGUACAGUCCAUGAAAAUUGCUUGUUUUGGUGUCUGUUAAUUUGAGAGAAAUUCACAGAUUUAAAUGGGCUUAAAACUGCAUAUGCCUGCAUAUUGAAACUCAAGAUUUCAAAGGCCUAUUUAGUCCGAAUAUCUGCACAAAAGACUCAGCGGACCAAAAAGGGGAGGCCGUGACAGCUACUGUCUACUGACAGCUCAGACAGUAUAAUAAUAAUGUCUAUAUUUGAAAGCACAGACAGUUUGUUUUUACUGCUGAUAACCUGCUGUCUCUAGUGCUGCUUUUCUUGUUGGCUGUGUGACUAGAGAUGUGUAGAUGCACUGAGCAUGAUAUUUUUACACUGAUUAUGCGGACGUGUGAAUGGGAGGGAAGACUGUGAUAUAGUGAGAUUAUUACGAGCGAUGCAGAGAGUUUAGCGCCAACAUUCCAGAGAAUUGUACAUUCAUUUACUGUGCUGUUAUGGUAUAUGAGAGAAUAAGAAUUAAGAUUUGUGUCUAUCAAAUAAAUUACAAUUUAUACUAGA